AAUAAGAAAAAAAAGAUAUAAUUAAUAUUAACCACCCAACUAUAUUCAAUCAUUCAAUAUGAAUCAAAAGCAGGACUUUGUAUAAUAAUAAAUUCAAGAAAAAGAUAAAUAAAUGAAUGCCUUGGAUAAAUUUGAAAACACUCAAAUUUAAUAAUAACCUGAUUAAAUAUCCUUGUUUUUGUUUUCCCAUGAAUAGAUUGCAUUAAAUCUUCCAGGACAUCCUGCUUCUAAUUAUUCCAUUAUGGAUAUCAUUAAUUUUUAAACAGACUUUUCGUUUUAUGAAAAAAUAUUUGAUAGAAAAAAUAGAAAAAUUCUUUAAGCUCCUGUUGCUAGAAUGUAUGGAAAUGAUAAAUAAGGCAACUCAGUUUGUCUUCAUAUUCAUGGCUAUUUUCCUUACUUCUACUUGAAGGUGAAUUAGAUUUCUCAUCUUAUUUAAAAUGAUAAAACUUUUUUAGAUAAAUUUAUUGAUUUAAUUGAAGAAUGUUAUUACACUUUGUACUCAGUCAGUGAGAAGUAGAAGAAAUUUUUAAUGUCCACAACUCCUAUAAUUUUGAAUUAUGAGAUAAUAUAUAAAAAAGAUAUUUAUGGGUAUCACUCAACCGAAGAACCAUUUUUGAAGAUUUAUUUCUAUAAUCCAAAAAUGAUUAAAAAAUUAGUUGGCAUUUUAGAGAGCGGCGUAGUGAUGAAUAUAGAAUUUGUUAUUUAUGAAGGACAUUUAACCCACUUUUUAAAACUGUACAGCGACUUGGAUAUUAAGGGGCUCAGAGAAAUAAAGCUAUUAAAGUAUUCUCUAAGAAAGAAUGAAAAUCAAGCUCUAUAGUAAUUGACAAAAGAGAGAGAAAUAUGCAAAUAUUAUUUAAAUUCUAAGAAUAAAUUUAAUAGUAUGACAAAGGUCUCUACAUGUGAUGUAGAAAUAGAUGUUUAUUAUAAAAAUAUUUUAAACUAUAUAUUUUUGUAAGAGGAGAAGUCUGAAGAAAAUUUCAUUGAAAUGUGCUCAGAUUUAGAAUUGGCUAAAAAUUGCAAACAGAGGACCAGAGAAUGUUCUGUGCAAAUUAACAAAUCACUUGAAAUGUUUUGGAAAGAGGAAAAGUAAAUGCAAGAAGAUCUCUUUGGAAUUAAAUCUAUGAAGGCAACUUAAACCAUCGACUACACAGAUAAUAUAGAAAGUUUAUUUAUGAACGAAGAUGAUGAGAAGGAAUUUAAUUUAUCCAGAUUUUAAUUUAAUGGGUUUAGUGGAUAGAGUACAUUUUUAUAGGAGUAAAAACAAAAGAAAUUACAAGAAAAGCAAGAAUUACUUAAGAAAUUUAACAAUGAUAUUUAUUGGAUAAACCAACUCUCUUUGAACAAAAAUAUAAAUAAAUAAUUUAGAUAGCAUAUCUAGGAAUUUAUCGAUUAAUCUAAGUAACAGUUAGACAAACCUAUGAAUGCAUUUCUAAAUUAAGAAAUACUCAAAAAUUUUCAUAAAGUUCAGAAAUAAAAAAAAGAUGAGGGUAUUCAUUCUAUUAUCAACAGAAAUAAGCAGUAUGGUAAAAGAAAGGUCAAAUACUAUGAAAAAUUGCUUAAAGGUUAGGUCAAGGAGCUAGAUUUACUUCCAGAAGACUAAUAGGAAGAUUCUGAAAAUGAUUAGUAAAACGAAGAUAUUGACUAAUACGAUAGUGAUUCUGAUGAACAAUCUUCAAGCAGUGAUGAUGAUAAUGAUGAAAAUAUAAACGAUGAAGAUGACAAUAAUAAUUUUCAAGAAAAGGAUAGCAAAAAUAUGGAAAUAAAAAUAUCCCCUAAUUAAAAAUUAGUUGAAGAAAAAAUUGAAAAAUUGAAUAUUACAAAAAAAAGAACUUUAAAUGAGUUUUUACAAGGAAAUUCUGAAAAAUUGAAACAUGAAGAAGAUCAAAAAGUGAAAAAGCACAUUAAGCUUCAGUAUGAAAAAUAAACAAAUUAAAAUAACAUUUAGAUUUGGAGAGAUAAUUUCAAUGCAGUGAAAAAUAAUAUGGAAGUAGAAGAUACUGCCUUUUCAGAAUGUUAAUACUGUAAAUAAAUUAAAUAUUUAUGCAGAUGCAAUUUAAAUGAGUCAACUAAACAAGAUAUUUAAAUUGUUCAAUAAUUUUUUGAAAAACCACAAAAUUAAGCAAAGAGAUUUGUAUUGAAAUAUAAACCCAAAUGUCCAAGUUUUAAUUAAAUUAUGGCUACUGGCAUUUCCAAACAAGUAGAGCAUCAAUACGCUUACUAUGAAAAUUUAGAAGAUUUGUUUGAACAUUAUAACUUGAAGAAUAAAUCAGUCCAAAGGAACUUAUAUUUUGCAUAAAUUUUAGAAAAAGACAUCAUUAAAACUCCAUAGCACAAGCAGUAUUAUGUUGGAAUAUAAAAUAAUCUGAAGUUACCUAAAUACUUUAGGGCUUACAUAACAGAAGAUUAUGAUAGCUAAUAGUAAUUUUAAGAAACAAAAUAAAGAUUUAGGUAUUAAAAAAAAUGUCCUAGCUUUAAACAAAUCUCAGCAGAUAUAAUUAAAUCUAAUAAAAAAUAAAAUAAAUAAUUAUUAAAUGUAACUCCUGUAACAAAAAAUUGGCUAUCACCGUUUUCUCAUUCUUAAAAAUAGGAGAAGCUAACAGAAAAUUAAUAAAACUAAAACAAAAAAUUAACGCAAUAUCAUGAAGAUAUCACAAUGUACACAUUUGAAAUCUUUGCAAAAUCUACCCCAGAUAUGCUUCCUGAUCCUUCUUCUGAUCCAAUCAAUUUCAUAGUAUUUGACCUGGAAAACUUUAAAAGGAGUGAAAUAAAUACAUAAGGAAUAAUUUUAGUUGAUGAAAUAAACUGCCAUGAACCAAUAGACAAAGUUAGAAAAUAUUAUGGUUUUAAUGAUUCCAUGUUUAAAACAAUUAUUGUAACUAAAAAUGAAGAAGAAUUAUUGCUUACUUUCAUUAAAUAAAUCCAUAUUUUUAAUGUUGACAUUAUAACGGGAUGGGACAUAGAAAAGAAAUCUCUUUUUUACUUUUCUCAUCGCUGUUGGCAAUUAGGAAUUGAUGUUAUGGAUAUAUUAUCAAGAUGCCCAAAAAAUUCAUUUAAUAUAUUAAGGGCAUUCAAAUUAGCGGAUUGUCUAAUUGAGGAAUAAUUCUAAAAUGACUCUGCCAAAGGAUAUUCUUAGUAGAGUAUGAGUUUUGAUAGUAACUAAUCAUUUAAAUUGUAAAAUGUAGCAAUGCAAUCAAUUAAACAAUCUCAUCGCAGUGCAAAAUAAACAGGGUUUUUCGCUAAUUUUAAACUAAACUUUGAAAUUGCAGGUCGAAUGAUAAUAAAUACUUGGAGAUUAGUCAAACAUGAUUACAAAUUAUUUUGUUAUGAGUUAGAAAGUGUUGUAAAUUAUGUCUUCUAAGAAAGAAUUCCCAUUUUUUCUAAUUGGAGUUUAACACAAAUGUAUAACCAUGAAGACAUUAAAUAGAGAGUGUUUGUAUUUGAAUAUAUGAUGAAAAGAUUAAUGAAAACUAAAGAUAUCAUAGAUCACAUCUAAAUCAUCAACACGUGUGCUGAAGAAACUAAGCUUUAUGGAUUUGAUUUCUAAUCAGCAAUAUGCAAAGGACAUUAAUUUAGAAUAGAGCAUAUAAUGAACAGGGUUACAGAUCUCUUAGGCUAUAAGCUAAUGAGCGCAUCUAGGUACGGAGUUUAAACUCAAAGAAUGCUAGAGUGCAGCCCACUUACUUUGGAACCUCCAAAGCUAUUCUAUGUUGACCCUGUGAUUGUUUUAGAUUUUAUAUCUCUUUAUCCAUCUAUAAUGAUUGCAUAUAAUUUAUGCUUUUCUACUUGUUUAGGAUAUAUUGAUGAUAAUUUCUAAAAAGGCGGAUUUAAAAAACUAGGAGUUUAAAAGCAAUGGGAUGUUUAAUUUGAAGAACUUCUUAAAAAGCAUAAUUAUGAUAUUGAUGAACUCAUGAAAGACAUAUUUGUAGCUCCUAAUAAAGUAGCAUUUGUUAAAAAAAGUGUUAGAGAAGGAGUGCUUUCAUAAAUAACUCAUGAAUUUUUCUUUACUCGUUAAUUUAUUAAGGGUAAUAUGGGAAAAUACAAAUAAAAUCCGCUUUAUAAUCAUAUAUAUAAUAAGCUUCAGCAAAGGCAAAAAUCACUUAAAUUAUUUAUGUGUGUCAUUUUUGGAUACACUGGAGCUACCUUUAGUGGCAGAAUGCCUUUAGGUGAUUUAGCUGAUUCAAUCAUUCAAAUAGGCAAAUUUCUGUUAAAUUAAGCAAUAAAUUUAAUUAACAAUAGUAAAAAAUGGGGUGCAUAAGUUAUUUAUGGAGAUACUGACAGUGUAUUUGUAAACAUUAAAGGAGUCUCUGUAAAUGAUGCUAUAAAAAUAGGAAAGGAAAUCGAAAGUGAAGUUUCAAAAAUGUUUCCCUAUCCUCUUAAAUUAAAAUACGAAAAAACAUAUUAAAAUUUAGUGAUCUUGACAAAAAAAAGAUAUGCAGGAUUUUUUGUGGAAAAUGAAACCGAUGAACCUAAAUUUGAAGCAAAAGGUCUAGAAGUUAUGAGAAAAGAUGGUUGCUAAGCUCUUAGUAUCAUUAUGAAAAAUUGCCUAGAAACACUUCUAAAAAAUAAGAAUUUAAGUGCAAUAAAGCUUUAUUUGAAUGGAGAAUGGCAAAAAUUGCUAAAUGAUUAGUUCUCUUAUAGAGAUUUGAUUAUAAGUAAAGAAUGUAAAUUAGAGAACUACACUAUGCCUCCUCCUCAUGCAAGAAUUGCCCUUAAAGAAAUGAAACGAGAUCCAUAAACUAAACCAAAAUACGGAUAAAGAAUAAAAUACUUCAUAAUAAAUAACCCUCAAAGCUAAAGAUUAUAUGACUGUGUCGUUUCAGUAAAUGAAUUUAUGAAAAACUAUAGGCAUUAGAUAAAUCUAAAUGAAUAUCUGGAAAAACAGAUAAAUUCAGCUUUAGGUAGAUUGUUCUCAACAUUCGAUGUAGAUAUUCAAGAUUGGGUCUAAAGAAUAAAAAAAUCAGAAAUUAAAUCUCAUAACAUCCUAGCAAUAUAAAAUAAACAGUAGAAGGGUGGUUUAUCCUCAGAGUUUUAAAAACAAAAAAAACAGUUUUAGCUAAACCAUUACUAUUUAAAAGAAAUAUGCAUAGCAUGUUCUAAUAAGACUAAAAAUUAAAUAUGUGAAAAUUGUCUACAAGAUCCAAGUGCAUUAAUAUUUAUAUUAACUUAAAAGAAAAAGAUAAACGAGAUGAAAUUAUAAAAGUUAAUAGAUAAAUGUACUAAUUGUUGCAAUUUAUCAUAAAUAGAAGAAAUGCCCCAAUGUAUUUAAUACGAGUGUUACACAUAUUUUGAAAAAAAAAAUGCAGAAGAAGUUGUUGAAGUCAUUAAUCCCUACUUAGAACAGUAUACGUCUAUGUUAUAUAACUUAGCAAAUGAGUUUUGA